AUGGCGGUUCUCUACUCGUCGAAACCAACUUCGUCAUCAUCUUCCUCUGCCUCGCGGCUUUUCUUGCUAGUGACCCUUCUUCCUCUCUCCUUAGCCUGCUUCGCCUUCCUCCUCCAAUGGCGAGGCGAAAUCAACGACUCGGUUACGCAAUGGUUUACUGAUAACCAUCGAUUCCCCGGAAUGGCCACAUUCCCCGAGAAACGGUCUGAUUCGGGCUGCGUUUCUCUUCUGGGUCAGAGCCGUGCUCCAUCGUUUCCUUAUCUCCGGGAUUUGAAGCUUGAUUACAAGCCUGAUCUGAAACCAAGAAUAUGUAUAACGACGAGCACAUCAGCAGGAUUAGAGCAGACACUGCCAUGGAUUUUCUAUCACAAGGUCAUUGGAGUUUCAACCUUUUAUCUUUUCGUUGAAGGCACUGCUGCUUCCCCUAAUGUGUCUCGAGUUUUGGAGUCCAUCCCUGGUGUAAACGUUAUAUACAGGACAAGAGAAUUAGAAGAAGAGCAAGCUAAAAGCCGGAUUUGGAAUGAGACUUGGUUGGAGAAAUUCUUCUACCAACCGUGUAAUUACGAGUUAUUCGUAAAACAAAACUUGAAUAUGGAAAUGGCUAUCAUCAUGGCUAGGGAUGCAGGAAUGGAUUGGAUACUGCAUCUCGACACCGAUGAGCUUGUGCAUCCUUCUGGAGCACGUGACUAUUCGUUAAGAAAUUUGUUCAGAGAUGUUCCUGCUGAUGUGGACGCAGUUAUCUUUGCAAAUUACGAGAGCAGCGUUGAGCGAGAUGAUAUCAAAGAACCUUUCAGUGAGGUGUCAAUGUUCAAGAAGAAUUAUGAACAUCUUCCUAGAGAUGUUUACUUUGGAAGCUAUCACGAGGCGACUCGUGGCAAUCCAAACUAUUUUCUUACCUAUGCAAAUGGGAAAUCCGCUGCUCGGAUUCAAGACCAUCUUCGGCCUAAUGGUGCUCAUCGAUGGUAUAACUACGAGAAGAUCCCAAAUGCCAUUAAACUAGACGAAGCUGCGAUUCUGCACUACACUUACCCAAGAUUCUCAGAUCUUACUUCAAGACGUGAUCGAUGUGGCUGCAAACCAACUAGAAAGGAUGUCAAGAGAUGUUUCAUGCUAGAAUUUGACAGAGAGGCAUUCAUCAUUGCUUCAACUUCAACUUCAGAGGAAAUGCUUCAAUGGUAUAGAGAACGAGUUGUAUGGACUGACAAGAAAUUGAUCCUCAAACUUCUUAAAAAGGGAAUUCUGACUCGCAUCUAUGCACCAAUGGUUAUAAUCCAAGAGCUAAGAGAAGCAGGUGUUUUCAGCUCAGUGGUAACCUCAGCUCACAUGUCUUUCUCAAAGAACAGAGACAACUCUUCAGCCUCAAGCAAUACUAGAGAGUCAUCUCAAGCAACUGUUAGGAGGAAAGUUUUGGAGUUUAACCUUGAUCAUGAUCUUGAUGGUGAAUCUCAAGCAGCAUCAGCGGCACCACCGCAAUCUCCUCCACGCUUGAAAUCAACCCCAAGUGUUUACUUUUGA